AAGACCACGCCCCCUUAAGGUAAAUUCCCAUGAUGUCACUAAAGAUCAUUACGGAAGUGAAGCGGACGACGGAACAGACAGACAGAAACCCAAACAAGUUGGUGUACGUUUCACUGGUAUUUACAGAUUGUCUAUCAUCAUGCUGGGAGGAGGAUUUAAAGCAGAGAGGCUGAGAGUCAACCUCCGGCUGGUCAUUAACAGACUCAAACUCCUUGAGAAAAAGAAAACUGAGCUUGCUCAAAAAGCCAGAAAAGAGAUCGCAGAUUACCUGUCAUCAGGUAAGGAUGAGCGGGCACGAAUCCGUGUGGAGCACAUUAUCAGAGAAGACUAUAUGGUGGAAGCCAUGGAGAUCCUGGAGCUCUACUGUGACCUCUUGCUGACUCGUUUUGGUCUCAUUCAGUCCAUGAAGGAACUGGACCCAGGCUUACAGGAGGCAGUGUCCACUCUCAUCUGGGCAGCUCCUCGCCUCCAGGCAGAGGUGUCUGAACUAAGAACUGUAUCUGAGCAGCUAUGUGCAAAAUAUAGCAAGGAGUACGGCAAGCUGUGCAGGACAAACCAGAUUGGCACAGUCAAUGAUAGGCUGAUGCAUAAACUGGGCGUGGAGGCCCCUCCCAAGAUCUUGGUGGAGCGCUACCUGAUAGAGAUCGCCAAGAACUAUAAUGUGCCAUAUGAACCUGACGCUAUGGUCCGGCCCGAGGUGUCUCUUGGAGAGGAUGCAAACCUGAUUGACGUGGACAAUGACAAGAAGUCUGGAAGAGGAGGAGGAGGAGGGGGUGGUGGAGGUUUCACUGCUCCCAAUGCAGCUAUGCCCAUGCCCAUGCCCAUGCCCAUGCCUAUGCCCAUGCCAACAGCUUUCAACUAUCCACCUCCCAAAGGAGCGGAACCGUAUAAUGCGCCAGUUGGAACCUACAAUAACUUUCAGCACCCCAUGGGAGGCGGGCUGCCCCCUCAGCUGCCCUCUUGUCCCCCCACAUACGAGUCUAUUGAUGACCUAACUGAAAAACCUUUUGUUCCUUCCCAGGCCGUAGGUCCCGGCCCUUCAUCUCAGCUAUUUGACAACAACGCUCUCCCAGAACUCCCCUCUGUUCCCGACACACUCCCCACGUCCUCCUUCGGCAGAAACACCACAAGUUCGGAUGACAUUGAUUUUGACGACUUAACGCGGCGGUUCGAGGAGCUGAAGAAGAAGACCUAAUUGAUAUCACUGGUCUAUACCCCACACACACACAACACACACACACACACACACACACACACACACACACACACACACACACACACACACACACACACACACACAGGCCUGUGCCGUUAACUACGCAGUUCAGAGGCUAUGAAUCAGAUUUGGAUAGUUCUCCACCUUCCAUGGUGAAGUAAUCUUAAAUAGAUAUUAAACAAAUAUGUAUUGUUACCUCAUUUGUACAAAUAUGACCUUGUCAAUUAACAGAAUUCUCAUUUCAGUUGGCAGUACCAGUGACUGCCACAUGUUUUAAUUUUUUUCUACAGGGUACAUAAUAUAUAUUCUUACAUGAAAUCAUGUGGGCGUUGGCCGCUGUUCACUCUUCAUUUAAGGUCACACUGACUUUUAACAUUUCCAAUUUGUCAGUGUGAUCUACUAUUUAACCUAACUUAGAUUGUAAUUUUUGGGUCUGAGAAAUAUUUACAGUACAUGCCUUGAUUUUUACUUUGCACAUGCCGUGUUGCUGCGAUCUUUACCACUGUCGCUCCGAUCUGUCACAGACUAGUCAAACAAGCCCGACUGGCUCCCCCAGUUUGAUAAGAAUCUGGCAUUCACGGUAACAAAGGCUAGAGAGUGUUUCUGAGCUAAGGGCACAAUACACAACUAUUUUCUUUGCAUAAAGGUAUAGAGACUGAUGGAAGCCAUAUUUUCAGUGUAUUGCGCUGUCAUGCAGUUUUGUCACUGUGAAAUGGAUGUUUUAAAACACUCCCUCUUAUCAAGGUUUAUUUAUGCUAGAAAAAAGUGUAUGAGCUCUUCAGCCAAAGCUCAGAGGGACACAUGUCAAACCUGUUACAGGGGUACAAUGGAUGGACAUCUGUAAUAUAAUGAUAUAUAGACCUAUUUACACAAAUGAUUAAACUGUAAAGCAAAAAGAGUUUGGUAGUAGGGAGUUGUCCAAUAUUUGACAAAUCUGGUUUUUAUAAACAGUAUCUCUGAAUAAAGUUGUUUUUUUUGCCCCUUUGAAUGUCAGUCUUUUCAAAUACAUGCACCCUCGUAUUGUUAAAGUACUUAAUUUACAAGCAAAAUGUGUGCAGACAUGAGCAGCCACACAAAACCUACUUUGAUUGAUUUAAUAUACUGUAAAUAUUGACCCUAGAGGUGAUGUGUGUGCAUGUGUCUUGUUCUGUAUCCGCAACACCACUGCAUUUGCCUUAGUCACCAUUUCUCAUCGGAUGCCUUGCCAGUCUGUAUUAGGACUAUGCAUUUGUUGUCCAUCAAGACUGGAUACAUGUUACCUGUAUUGGUUUUCAGUUGAUAGAUUAGACUUUGCUUUUUUAGCUUAGCCCAAAGUUGAAAUUUGGGAAUUUGAUGGCAAAAACACCUGUACUGGCAAUAGAGGUUGAUUUUUCUAUUUCUUGUGGAGAAAUGGGAGUGACAAGGUUUUGUUGUCAUACAGGCGUGAUGCGUCACUGCAACCUAACACCACCCAGCUCCGCUUGCAUAGCAAAUGGACGAUGGCCUUGAAUAACGUGAUUCAGCAAUCUCUGGAAAGCAAAUUAAAAAGCUUUCCAGCUGGGUGAUAGACUUAGUUUAUUGAUAGGUUUAACAUGUGUUGGAUAAAGUAGAGCAAGAUUGUUAACACUACAGAACUGUGAUCUGCUCGCUGUCUUUUCUAUGUUGGAUUGUUCUUUCAUGAAACAUUGAGACAAAAUGGCGUCUUGUUGCAAAAAAAUAUUUUUUUUUCCACUGUAUACUAAAACAAAACUUUAAUAAAAGAUUAUUUGGAACUGGAA